GGGGGGUCGAACAGUGGAAGUGGCGGCGUGCGAAACAACUAGUACAAACCAGUGAACCGGACGACGAUUAUUGAAAGUUGGGACAGCGAACGGUGAGCAGCAGCAGCAGACCCAGACUCAAAUUAAAGACCGUUUGGCAACGUGGUGCAGGACCGCCGUACAGGAUGAGCAUAUUCGCUUCCGUGGAACUGGGACCGCCGGUGGAGGUGUUUGCCCUCAACAAGGCCUGCAACGAGGACCCGAACCCAAACAAAGUUAAUCUUGGUGUCGGAGCUUAUCGAACGAACGAGGGCAAACCAUGGAUCCUGCCGGUGGUGAAGAAGGCCGAGGCGGCUAUCGUGGCCGACGGUUCACUCAACCACGAGUACCUACCGGUGCUGGGUAUGGAGAGUGUAACGAAUGCGGCCUCUACCCUGCUGCUCGGUGAUGACAGUGAAGCGCUCCGCAGCAAGCGUGCCUUCGGUGUCCAGUGUCUGUCGGGAACCGGAGCACUCCGGGUGGGGGCCGAGUUUCUCGCCCGCAUCCUGAACCGUACCACGUUCUACUACUCCGAACCGACGUGGGAAAACCACCACAAGUUGUUCGUGUACGCUGGAUUCACGGAACCGCGUACGUACCGGUACUGGCAUCAGGAGCAGCGUGGUAUCGACUUCGCUGGAAUGCUCGAGGAUCUGUCGAAUGCACCCGAGGGUGCCGUGAUUAUACUGCAUGCUUGUGCGCACAACCCAACCGGCAACGAUCCGACCGAGGAGCAAUGGAAGCAGAUUGCCGAUGUGUGCGAAAAGCGCAAGCUGUUCCCGUUCUUCGAUUCCGCCUACCAAGGCUUCGCCAGUGGCGAUCCCAACAGGGAUGCGUUCGCCGUUCGGUACUUCGUAGAGCGUGGUUUCGAGUUGUUCUGUUCGCAAAGUUUCGCCAAGAACUUUGGGCUUUACAACGAGCGUAUCGGAAAUCUAACGGUCGUGCAGAAGGACGCAACUACGAGUGCGGCCGUGGCAUCGCAGAUUACGCUGCUGGUCCGUGGUAUGUACUCGAACCCACCGGCCUUCGGUAGCCGUAUUGUGAGCCGUGUGCUGAACGAUAAGGAACUGCGUGCUGAGUGGAUGGAGUGCAUCCAGACAAUGAGCUCGCGUAUUAUCAAGAUGCGCAAGGCACUGUACGACGAGCUGGUGGCACUGAAGACACCCGGCACCUGGGAGCACAUCACCCAGCAAAUCGGCAUGUUCUCGUACACCGGUCUCAAUGAGAAACAAGUCCAGAUUCUCAUUAAGGAGUUUAGCAUUUACCUGCUGAAAACGGGCCGCAUCAGCAUGUGCGGAUUGAACGAAGGUAACGUUGCGUACGUUGCCAAGGCAAUCCAUGCUGCCGUCACCAGAGAAUAGUAUCGCGCUCAUUCUCGCGGACAAGCCCCCAUCGUUCUUGGUAUCAGCUAACACCAGAGGCUGUGUCAACGAACCGGGCACCAAACACAUUCACAAUCUGAUCUGAAACGGUUCAUCAUCACCGGGGAGGAAGCUUUUAGUUUAGCAUUUGAUUGAUUCCCUAGCCGAAACGGUUAAUAUGUGAGCGAAAUGUUUUUUUCAAGACAAAACGAAACAUUAUGCAUUGGUGCGUUAUAUGAGGCACGAUAAAAUUAGGGAAAGUUAUAUCGGUGAAAUGAUAUCGGACGGGACGUUAUCGAGCAACAACGAUUGGCACGGCUACACAAUGCAGCCAGGACACAGUACAAUACUAUUUACACAAAUACACACCACUCAAGUAAUCAAACAGCAAUUGAAUCAAACACGGGUCAUUCUUACACGAGAUUAAAUACAGUUUAGCUUUUCUAUCGUGUUCUUGUUCUCAGUAGUUCACGUGGAAAAGAACAAAUAACACAUGUAACACUCAUUGGAUGUGUUACCAACACUUGCACUCAAAAUGUAAUACUUAGCCUACCUUAGCCAGCUGCAUUCAACUAACUCCUCCCAGUAAAUAUCAGAACUACCGCUGAUGCCAACAAUGUAUUACGAGCUGGAGGGCAUUUAUAAAAUGCGGCCGAAGUAUGCUGCACCGAAAGUGAAUUUUGCAUAAAUAAACGUUACAACUGCAUUUUUGGUGAAACACCAAAAAA